AUGACUGCUGUGUUAAGAAACACGAACUUAUUAAGUUAUAAGAUUCCCGAUGAUGAAAAAACUCAUGAAUAUUUUAAAAAGGUAGAAGCCAGGUAUUGGCAAUUGAAACAGUAUUUGGACUUUCGAUUGAAAGCUGACGCAUCAAUAUUACUCUGGAGCACCGUAUACAAUGAUUGGAAACAAGAUUUAUAUAAUAUUUGUGAUACCUUUGAGGAUGUCCAAAGCUGUGAGAAGUUUUACAACGAAUUUUAUCAACGGAAUAUUGACCUGCAAUUUGCUGAGAGACGUCGGCUUCUGGAAUCAACUAUAUUUUCAGAACGAAAGUUUACAGAAUUCUUAGAAGCAUCGAGCAAAAAGCGAAUAGGCGAGGACAUUGAAGAUGCGUCAUCCGAAGAAAAACGAGUUCGUCACAAUGAAUAUAAUGUGGAUGAUUUCGUACCCGAAUUGCCCCAAAAUCGCGAUGCAGAAGAAAGUAAAGAUAAUGAGACGUUUGAUUUACCUAACAAUCAGGAAGAAGGCGUAGAAUAUGAUGACGAAGUUAAAAAUCUUUUAGAUGAAUCAGAAAUUCAUUUACAGGAAUUCUACACAAUUUUAACCGAUUUUAAAACCUACCAACGUGAAGUAAAGAAUAUUCUUUCGGAAAACGGAAUAAUGGAUUUAAGCCCAUCUUCUGAAUUUGUUCUCCUGCAUCUAGAAGAAACGAAGUAUGUCACAUUAAUUAAAAAGGUCUUUGAGCCCAUCGACAAAAUCUUUCCAGAAGAAGCCUAUGAAUUUUUAAUCAAUUUCUUUUCAGAGAGAUUGAGCGAAAAACAAUGGGAAGAAAAAAUCGAGAGUUUGAUGGAACUUGACUCAAAUCAAACUAAAUUUAUCAUAAAAUUAAAACGAUUAAUAAUUGAAACGUUGCCGAUUUUCUUUGACUCCUAUAAAUUAAUGUCAGACAAUCCACUUAAAAAUAAAGAAAUGACCGAGGAGGAGUACAUGAAUACCUAUAUUCAUCCGGUUUUAAAAAAAGCAUUGCUCCGAUUUUCUGACAUUAGAUACUGUAUGUUCCGCAACAAGGCUAUCAAAGCCUCCACAUAUCGAAAAAGCGUGAUGAAUCAGAAAGGAAGUGCAGAUCAGGCCGAUGGAAUAUCCUACACGUCAAAUCAACAAAACUCAUAUGAAAUAUCUGUCACAGAAGGGAGCCGGCCGUAUGUUACUGAAAAAAAUAAAGAUACCUGUGAUUUCAUUCAAAAUGCAAGAGCUGCAAAGGAUAUGAUCAACUUUGUUAUAAAGCAAGAAGUAUUGCAUAAACGGCCACUUCCAUCAGAUUUUCGAACAUUCAUGGUUCAAGUUUAUGAGUUUAAUCUGCGGUUCUAUUUUAUGGAUUAUCUUACCCAGUAUUGUAUCUUCGAACUUGAAGCAUGCGAAAUACCUACUGAUUGGAAGGAAACCCUACAAUUUACCUCUUUUUAUAGAGCAAUUGUAAUAUGGGCGUUAUUGGUUGGAGAAGCUGACAAAAAAUUUCAGGAAUCCAGAAAUAAAAGGAGUUCGCGCCUAAGCAACUGUCAUAACCUUAGAAAGUUGUUAAAGCUUUCACAUAACAAAGAUCGAGGUGGCGCAAAAAAGGAUAUGAUAAUGACUAAACCUAUCUAG